AGGGGACACUACACAGUCGGCAGAGGAGUGAACGAGCCUGAUUUUCACAUCAGUUAUUCAUCAUGCCGUAGAUCACAUUUUGCACGGAUCGGAUAUUCCAUGCGUGUGACACAAUGGCGGGAAAAGAAUGGCAGUAUGAGAAAUUCCGAUACAGCCGUUGUAUCUGAUCAUUUCUCAAAAAAAAUAAAAACAGUAAACGACCUCGAGCUCUGAUCUCUGGAGUCGUCUUCAACCAUCUUCCGACAACAGAGCAAAUCCCCAAAACAGAAAACCUCAAAUGCCGAUUUUGCCCUUCCCUCUCUCUUUUUCCUAAAUUCCUUUCUAUAUCACUUAUCUUCCCAGCAACUUCCCAACAUGGCAUCUUUCUCCUCUCUUCCUCAAACGCCCCUCUAUUCCAAACCUUCUUUCCCUAACCCCAAAACCUGCUCGACCUUUAACAAUUUUCCAAGGAUUGUUUAUGGAUUUCCAAAGAACCGUUGCGAUCGGUUCUUCGACUUCCGUAGACCGUAUUCUACUGUUCCUCUACAAAUACAGUAUACGACGUGUAGAAAUACUCCCAGAAGCAGUUCUCCUUACGUCGCUUGCUCGUUAACAGAAUUUCAAUUGGGUUUGGUAUGUAGAUCGUGUAAUACGUUUCCUCUGCGGGAAAGGUAUACGGUCAUGAGAUCGGAAUUUCAUGAUGCUGCAUCCCAUUCAACAGAAUUUCAAUUUGGUUCUAAACGUAGAGCGUGUAAUACGAUUCCUCUGCUAAGACAGUAUUCAAUGCGUAGAAAUACGGUUGUGAGAUCUGAAGUCAGUGGGACUGGUUCUGCUGGUGCUGCAUACCCAUUAGCAGAAUUUCAGUGGGUUUCGAAGCUUCGAGGAAUUUGCUUUUACGCUGUAACUUCCAUUGCCGCCAUCUUUCUGUUCGUGGCAAUGUUGGUUUCUCAUCCUUUUGUGUUACUAUUUGAUCGGUACCGACGGAAAGCACAUCAUGUCAUUGCGAAGAUCUGGGCGAGCUUGACCGUUGCUCCAUUCUUCAAGGUUGAAUUUGAGGGCUUGGAAAAUCUGCCUCCCUCAGAUAGCCCGGCUGUGUAUGUUUCGAAUCAUCAGAGUUUCUUGGACAUUUACACAGUUCUGAUUCUUGGGAGAAGCUUUAAGUUCAUUAGCAAGACUGAUAUUUUCAUCAUUCCAAUCAUUGGGUGGGCCAUGUUUCUUAUGGGUCUUAUUCCAUUGCGGCGAAUGGAUAGUAGAAGUCAGUUGGAGUGUUUUAAGCGCUGCAUGGAUCUGGUGAGAAAGGGGGCAUCUGUGUUUUUCUUCCCGGAGGGCACUCGUAGUAAAGAUGGGAAACUGAGUGCUUUUAAGAAAGGUGCAUUUAGUGUCGCUGCAAAGACCGGUGUACCGGUUGUACCAAUUACUCUAAUGGGAACGGGCAAUCUCAUGCCUUCUGGAAGGGAGGGUAUAUUGAAUACAGGAUCUGUGAGAGCUGUUAUUCACAAACCUAUUGAAGGAAGCAACCCAGAGUUAUUGUGUGAUGCUGCAAGGAAUGCAAUAGCAGAUGUUCUCCUUCUUCAUGGCUAUGGCGUUCAACGAUGAGUGGACGAGCUCUGUUUGGUAUCACACAUCUCAAUACUGAACUCUAUGUUGGUGAGGGAAAAAAGAGUUAUAAGAUGAUCAGAUACUGGAAUCUGUAUCUCCCGGGAUUACAUCAUUCAGUCAUCAGCAUUUCAACAUCAUACUUCUCUUUAAAUAUUUUUUGUCUGUUUCAGCGAGUGGGUCCAUUUUCAAGGUUACCCUUCCCGCCAGUGAGCUCUGUUGUGGCUGGGUCUGCGUGUGGGAUCCAAUCACGGCAUCUAGAGCAUGUUUGGGUGCCGCUUGAAAAUGACUUUCAUCUCAUUCCACACGAACAGGGAAGUUCCUUGUCUGUAAUGAAUCUGUACAUGUGGGGCCUAUGGUCAGUUUAUCCAAGCCGUUGAUCUGAUGACCCCCAUGAUGGAUUGACCUUUCCAUUGUUGGCAUCUAAUACUUGGUUAAGAAGAUAUGUAACAACAGUCCACAUUUAAUGGAGAGAAAACAAAAGACGUGGUGAUGGUUAGAUCUUCCAA